CUCCUGCAACCUCAAACUAGAAACGGUUUAAAGAAGAACAAGAAAAAGCGAUGAAGAGUUUUGUGUUCUUUGGUCUCCUUUUGUUGGCCUCAGCCUGCGUUUUUGUAGCUCGUGCUGAGGAAGAAACUUCCGCUGUUGAUGAUGCUCCCAAGAUGGAAGAUCAGCCAGAGAUAGCGAAUGCGGUUAAUGACGAAGAACAGGCUGACGAAGAACAGGCUGACGAAGAACAGGCUGACGAAGAAGAGACGGAAGAAGACGAAGAAGAGUCGGAAGACGACGAGGAUGAGGAAACCGAAGAAGACGAAACAACGGAUGUUGCUGAUGACGAACCAGAGAAGCGAGGUUGGAAAUGCCGCAACUACAGGAAAGGAGGAAUUCGAAAACUGUGGUGCAGGGAGUGUGGCUGCCGACCUGUAUGCCGACCGCGAUGGUGCAAGCGACGAGUUUGCAAAAGAGUUAGAUGUGGUACAAGGGUUGUAUGUCGCACUGUGUACAGAACCAGAAAAUACAAAUACUUCUACCCAAUAUAUCGUGGAUAUGGACCUCGCUUCGUGUGGAAGACCAAACGAGUCCCGCACAGAGUUUGUGUCAAAUUACCCAAGUUCUGCACUCGAUGCCACAGCAUUCGCUACCAAUGUGGAAAGAUCUGUAAAAACAUAUGCCGUUACAGAAAGUGUUCGCCAGUUUAUCGCGGAUAAACGAACUAUAAUUACGAUUACGAUUAAGAUUACGAUUAAGAUUACGAUUAAGGACAAUCACGAUUUCAUUAUAUAGCAUUAUUGAUUUAGAAUGGUACCCGAAAUCUUUAACUUGUAUUAGCUUGUAGAAAUAAA